UGUACGGAAACACUAUUAUAGCAGAAGGAUUCUAUUUUAUCUUUUUUAGUACAAAAUAUUAUACAAUAUUGUUUAUGAAUUAGUAUUUAAUAAUUGUUACGUUUUUGAUGUCCUCGUUGUAACCCUCACUACACCAGGCAAACUAAUUAAAAUUUGAAGGAAUAUGGGUAUUCAAGGGCUGAUACCUCUUUUAGAAAAAUCAUGGAGGACCGUUAAUGUGUCAGAGUUCUCCGGAUGUACUGUGGCCAUCGACGCUUAUUGUUGGUUACACAAAGGUGUAUACACUUGUGCUGAGAAAUUAGCCAGAGGAGAAGAUAAUCAAGCGUAUGUAUACUAUUGCAUGCGAUUCGUGUCUAUGUUGCUAGCUCAAAAUAUUAAACCAAUUUUAGUUUUUGAUGGACAACAUUUACCCGCUAAAGCUGAUACUGAAUCAAAACGGCGAAAAUUAAGAGAGCAAAAUCGAAAGAAGGCAGCCGAGUUAAUGCGUUUAGAUAAAGGAAAAGAAGCUUCAUCACUUUUAAGACGCAGUAUCGAUGUUACUCAUAAAAUGGCAUUGAAUCUCAUUAAGCGAUGUAGAGAGAUUAAUGUUGAUUGCAUUGUAGCACCAUAUGAAGCUGAUUCUCAAUUAGCAUAUUUAAAUUUAAGCGGGAUUGCUCAUAUAGUUAUUACCGAAGACUCAGAUUUGUUGCUGUUUGGUUGCAAACGAGUGUUAUUUAAAAUGGAUCAAAAUGGUGCUGGUAUAUUAAUUGAACAAGAAAAAUUACAUCUGUCAAUGAAUAUCCAACCUGAACAAUUUAGUUUAGAUAAAUUUCGUUAUAUGUGUAUAUUAUCGGGCUGUGAUUAUUUACCUUCUAUUUCUGGAGUAGGAUUGAUUAAAGCUCGACAAUUCAUCACUAGAACAAGUGAACCUGAUAUCUACAAAGCACUUUCAAGAUUAGGAUCUUUUAUGAACAUUAAAAUUCCACCUGAAUACCGCGAUCAAUUUAUGGAUGCUGAUCGUAUGUUCCAAUAUCAACCUGUAUUCGAUCCAUUAUCUCGUCGAAUAAUACCAUUAAAUGAUGUAUCAGAUCCUAGUUUACCUGUACUCGUUUCAAAACUAACCAGUGAUCAAGCUUAUCAACUUGCACUAGGAAAUAUAGAUCCAUUUUCUUUAGAGAUAAUGGAUGAUUGGGAUCCAGAUAUUCAAUUAAGUCCUGAUAAAAUUACAAAAAAGAAAAUCAUUCAAGCUCGCCAUAAGAGUAUUUGGUCAAAAGACUACCAACCACUUAAAUAUAAUCCUAAAGUAUGUACUUUAACUCAAGGAAUUAUCAAGAGUACUCCAACUAUAAGUCCUAAGAUAUCCAAAAGUGCCAUUCGGUCAUCACCAAUUCGUCAAACACCAGAAGUUAAAAAACGUCUUCCUGUGACUGAAGAUGAUAUUUUAAAUACUCUUGACGAAAUUUAUGAAAAUGAAAAAGUUUUGGAAAAAUGUGACAUUGCUGAAGAAAAACAUAAGUCUACAAAAUCGACAUAUCUCAAAGAUUGUAAAGUUACGGAUGAACUGUUUAAAUCAGAAUUGGAUACAGAUGAAAACGAAUCGCCUUCGUUUUUAAAACAACUAACUAAAAGAAAGUAUACGGUCAUAGACCCAGAUGUACAAAUAGUUAGUGGGUACUUCUCUCAAACACCAAAAAUUAGUGAAGUUCUUGAAGAAGAAUCAAUAAAUCCAUUCAAAAGCCGCAAGAUUACCAUCAAUAAAAAUACAAAUGACGAUUUGAAUACCUCUUUAAAUUCUAGUAAUAUUAUUGAAGACAAUUCACAGCAAUUGCAAUGUCUUGAAAACAAAGAAGUUCUCAAUGUAGAAUCAAUAAAUCCAUUCAAAAGCCGCAAGAUUACCAUCAAUAAAAAUACAAAUAACGAUUUGAAUACCUCUUUAAAUUCUAGUAAUAUUAUUGAAGACAAUUCACAGCAAUUGCAAUGUCUUGAAAACAAAGAAGUUCUCAAAGAAGAAUCAAUAAAUCCAUUCAAAAGCCGCAAGAUUACCAUUAAUAAAAAUAAAAAUACUAAUGAUGAUUUGAAUGUCUCUUUGAAUUCUAGUAAUAUUAUUGAAGAAAAUUUACAGCAAUUGCAGUGUCUUGAUAACAAAGAAGUUGGUACAAAAACAUUUAAUAAAAAAUUGCCUAGUCAAACGCUAUCAGCCUUUAGUUGGAAGAGUUACUCAAAUAAUAGAAUGGUUACAAAUAAAGAAAAACCCAGUGAGGAACAAAAAUACCAAAACAACUCAAAUUAUUUUACUUCUGUAGACAAAAAUACUAAAAAAGACGACCAUGAAAAUGAUAUCGAUGAAGGAUUUGGUAGUCAGAGUACAAAAGAAACAAACAAUUCUCCUGUUGUGACGCCAAAACAGAGUAAGCGUUCAUUUCCAAGGACCGGACUAUCUAAAAGUACUGGGAAAAACAGUCAGACUCUGUUGUCCAAGUUUGGUUUCAAAACUGGUGACAAAUUAAAACGUUGAAGACUGUUUGCUCAAAUAAUGAUUUCUAUUCAACUUAAGACUGAUGACAUAUCGAGCUUAUGUAUUGUGACAAAAGCUUGCACUCUCUUUAAUAUUUAAUUUUUUUUUUCAUUGUUAGGUUUUUGAUUAUUAUUAUAUGUUUAAUGUUUUUAUGAAGAUUAUCACAAAUAAAACAUUUACUUAGACUAA